UGAACACAGUCAUCGGGGUGUACUGGGGAUUUUCAAGCACCUCCAACGUGCUGACCAUGAUCGUUGCCCUCGAGCGGUGCCUGUGCGUGGUCAGCCCCUUUAAGAGCAAGAAGAUUCUCAAAACCAGAAGUCAUGGCUGUCUUGAUACUCGUAGUCUACGUCUUCAUCCUUGGCAGCUCCGGAAUCUUCAACUCCAAGUUCGAUGUCGGGACGAUGGUGGAUGUCAAGACAAACCUCUCCAAGUACUACGCCGCUCUAAGUCCCUUUUACUUAGAGAACAAGUUUUUCGUGGAUCUGGUGUAUAACUACUUGCUGGCUAUUGCCGUUCCCUUCACCUCGCUCGUCAUUGUCAUCAUCUCAACUUUCAUCACGGUGGUCAAGCUGCGACUGUCUAUGGAGUGGAGGCGUGAUCGAGCUAACCUGUCGUCUGUCGAGAAGAAGGAGAACGCGGUCACGAGGAUGCUCGUCAUAGUAUGCUACGUCUACGUCGUUUGCGUCACUCCGUCUGUCCUUAAUGCUUUCAUCGUGCAGACCGUGCCAGAUUAUCUGCCCACGGGCCGUUACUCUAAUCUCUUCUACGUUGUGGUGGCGUUCAUGCACUUGCUUACCGCCAUAAAUUCGUCCUGCACCUUCUUCAUCUAUUAUUUUAGGGGAUCCAAAUUUCGUUCGACUUUACAUAGUUUAUGUCAUCGCAAAGCCGUUAAGUCAGGGUUAGUGUCAGAGGUCAGUGUCACUAACUCUGACAACAAAAUCCUCAAGAACUAAAACAUUAAUCCUGUCAGUGACCGCAUUUUUUAACUGCUUAAUGAGUUUGACUUUGUUAAAGUCAAAUUCUAAAAAAAAAUUUAAAAAAAAAACUUCGUUACCUCCUUGAUCGGUGGAGAAUAAAAACCGAAAAUCAUAUAUAUAGAGUUAAUAAGUGGGACGGUUGGUGGUGCGGUGGCUAAAGCGUCAGUAAGAAAUUACAACAGUGACAUCGCGUGUCGUAGUUCGUAUCUCGGUCCCGACAUGCAUUUUUUUUUUCUCUGGAUGUGACCUGUUUUACCCUAAAUAGGUAUGUGCUUGUGCGCCUUCGUAACUGUCGGGUGUAUUUGUAUACAGCGCUUUGAGCCUGGCUAGUGCUAUGGAAAGGCGUUACAUAAAUGUCCCUAUUAUAAUAAGAUUAUUAUCGACAUAAUAACACUCUGUCAAAACAGGAAUGUUCAUUAGUCCUCUGGCAGCAUAUGCUGAUAAAGAAACAUCGGGGUGAGGUUCUUUGUUUGUCUAAGUAUUGUCGUAUCAUCGAGAGAAAGAAUUCCAAGCAGAAUGGAUUUUUUCGAAAUUCAGCAUUAGAGACAGUACGGGAUAACUGUUAUUGCCACAAACGAUAGACCUAAGCCUGUAGUUGUUGUCCUCAGCAUUUGCAUCUCUAAGUGACUUAAAAGAAGGGAAGGGAAGAGGGAAAGAAAUAAAGAAGAACGCGAGAAAAACAUGAAAGAAAGAGAGAAGAAACAAAGACCCAGUUAGGGCCUCCAUCGCCAAUCUUUGGACGGUUCAGUUACAAUUAUCCACAAACACAAACAUGUAUGAAAUUGUACAGUUUGUUUACGCUACAGCAAGACUUUCACAUGUGCCAGAGGCAGUCAGGCUCAGCAUUUCUGGAAGUCGCUGCAAUGUUGUUCGAGAGCCUACGGAUAUUGUAUUUCCUUUUACGCUUGUCUCGUUGUAAAGCUUCAUUUGCAUUAUAUUCUCCUGAAAUCGGAAAUGAUGCUAUUCUCACAAUAAAACACUUGACAGCGAUGUAAAUAGCAAAGUAGGAAUAGCGGAUGAAGUGAGCUUUGAACCUGUGCUACGCCUUCGGUGCCAACGUAGGUCCUUCAGCACUGUACCACCUUACUUACUGUAGUUAGUCACGUGUGUGUAUCUCGCCUCAUGAACUGGAAUAAACAGCACAGGCCAGCGAACUGUAUAAUAAGAUAUUGACUGUAUGUCUUAUCGUCCACAAAACUUCAGCAAGACUAAAACCUACCUUUACCAGACCUCGAUUUGCCCCGAGAAUCGUCAGCUUACUACCUCUUGCUGCCGACCUGACAACAUCCCUCCCUGAAUAAUCUCCAGUCCAUCCUGUAAACACCCAGUUUGAUUUUUUUGUUGAACAAAGUAGUUUUCUACAUCUUGUUCGCAAACAUGACUAGUCAUACAUAUAUAUUUACUUUAAUGAUGUGCUGUAUCUCUUGAGAGAGAUGACCAGAAUUCAAUAUUUGUAGUCGACCUCUCUGCUUGGGUUGACUGUUAGGAUGUUGUAGAUGUACUCAGUCGAGACUAGAUUACCUCUUAAAUCUGUGAACUUCAUGUUGUCUUUAAUUAUUGUUACUGAUGUGUUUUCUGUAGAGAGACUGAUGAUCAUGAUCAUGGCAAUAUCGCUGCAUCAUAAGAUUAAAGAAAAUAACGAAGAAAGCUGCUCAUGGAACUAGCUGCAAGAAAAAGGAAAUUUUCAUAGCCCGUAUGUUUGGUGAUUACUUACAUCACCUACAAUAUAGGCUUAGCACUCGGCUACCGACAAGCACUUUAUAUAUUUCCAGCUCUAGUAUAUUAACAGUUUUAUCACUGUCCUACAGAAUAUUUCUUUGCUCAACAAUUAAAUCAUUUAAGACACCCUAAUACGGAUUACCGAAGUUCUUCCCAGAUGAGGUUGACUUUAUGAAAUCUUUGGCGCACGGGAACUUUGGUUUUCUGAAAGCUUGAAGAUGCAUAAAUGACAGAAAAUAGCAGAAGGGUAUCACUUUUAAAUAAAACUUAUGUAUCGUGUGGCUAUAUAGAUCACCUCAUUGUAAUAUUCUACCGCUGGCAUUAGCUGAGCCCAUUCUGCAAGUUUUAGUAUUCUUCUCAUGAUCACACCGUAUUUUGUAUUUUUUGCACUAAUGCCGUUAGUCAAUUCGCGUUCUGGAUUAUCACGUGACUCGACUGUCUUUCAGUCGCAAUUUCAGGUACUGUUGUCAAAUCUACGACUAGAUUAAGGUUAAAGGUUUAGUGGUAUUAUCCAUUCUUGAAUACUCAGGUACAUACAGACAACAAACCUCAAGCUGCAUUAUAAUUUUCGCCUCCAUUUUGUCGUUGACCGUCGAGCAUUUUGUCAGAAUGGUUUUAACAGAUGACUGAUGAAGCAUGCCAGUAUUAUACUCAAGGAAUCGACGGAUAUAUGGAUGCAAAAACCGUAGCUUGGUGUUUAUGCCUGAAAUACACAACAGGGCUAGUUGGGACACCUACACAAAUUUUCAGCACUACUGUUAUAUUAUUGUCUUUGUAAAAUCUUCACUGCUCUGUGAAGUUUACCAACUCAGUACUUUCGUCAAACUGGAUUUUCCGAGGAAAAUGUCAGAUUUUGACACUUUUGAUAAAGUCUAAUACUUAGCAAAGCUCCAACUUUAAUUCUUGACAUUUUCUGGCAAGGUGUUUGGCAGUUGCUGAAUGUGAUUUUCGUGCUGGCCGCACUGAAUAAUUCUGAACGUGAGUACCGCAGGGUUGUGACCUCAAGACCUAUAACCCUUGUGAUGUCACUAAUCAGUGAACACCAAGCUAUUGUUUUCUCACUUACAAAACAUUCACUUGUUAAUGCGUUCAACAGGAAGAUUUUGUUUUUUGGUCUGAAUAACCGUUUUAUAUUUAAGGAUACAAGACAGAAAACUUGUCUUUUAUACGAGUCACUAUUAUUUCCGAAGUGAUACAGCGACUAACUAUCGAUGUUCCUAUUUUCUGGAAAUGCAGACAUGUUUGUUGACAGAUAUCAAUAAUUUUAAUGUAUAUCUCGUUCCGCCCAGGGUCUGUGUUGCUGUCUUAGAUGAUCCCAGCAACGAUAUUUAAAAAAACCAUCGUAUCUGAAAGGACAAAAUACUAAUACCUUGGGACCGACACCUGUUACGGAAUACUACAGCAGCUAAUACAAAAUUUAUAAUUAAUCAGCACCAACAUAGACCACAUAACCAAUAUAAGAAAGACGAAACGAAGCAAAAGAAAAUGCAAGACCACGUGACACCCUGUCACUCGUAUUGAAGCAAGUCACGCCCCAUCCUGUCAGCAUGGCUACAAGAAUGUAUGUCCCACUCUUGUCCCUCUUAUUACAAGAAGGCGGGAUUGUUGCACGGUCUGUUAAUGGAUUAGUAGAGAGAUUAUUUGUACUGAUAAUAAAUUAUUUACGACUUCUGAACGAGCGACAGCACGUUAAAACUAAUGAAAAUCGGCGACGACAAGUACCCACUAUUGGCAGCAAUAAACAUUUGAGUUAUUUCUAGUUAUUCCUCAGAACCAUUAUUUUUCACAUAUUUUUGAAAACAAAAUUGCCCUGUAUACAAGACUGGAGCACCUGUACUUGCGUGACAAAGGUAAAUCAAAACCGUUUCCGGAACUGCUCUUACAGGACUGUCCUGGUUGAGUUCAGGUCACCGGGCAUUCGAUGCUUCAUUAACGCACAUUCACGAAAGAUCCCGAGGACAAAUCGUAACAUCGAGUCCUGAAAUGCUGCCGCAUGGAAAAUGUUUAAUAUAUUUCCAUUAUCAGGUGUAAAAUGUUAUAGGUGUGCACACUGGUUCUGUGUGGUGUGAUAAAAUUCCGACAGAUGAACGGACAGAAACGGAGGACAGAGAGACGACAAACAGACGACAGACCAACGGAAAGACAAAAUGGAGGACAAACGUAAGAGGAGACGACAAAUGUUUAAGAAGAAACAGGUGAAAAGAUAGACUGAGUUAUUUAAAAAUUUUGAUUGUUUUAUUUAUUUUCUGUAAUUGUAUUUGUCUGUGCUUGAUAUGUACAAGAGUUUAAUGAAAUAAAAAUGAAAAAUAAUAUGAAGCUCAUGUUUCUCUUGUAUUCGCUCUUCAUAACUUGUAAACACAAUCGCAAGCUCGCACACAUGCACGAACAGAACAUCAAGUCCGUGGACAAGAAGCCUAUCUUGAAUAACGGACAACCCUGAAGUAACGAAGAUUGCGGCAAGCUGUGUACACAGUGUGCUUCCCUGUCAGAAUUGUCAACACCCGAGGAAGGUGUUUCACAGCAUGCUUUACAAAAACAAACAACUCCCAGAACAAAUCUGAUUAAACAGCAAACACCAACCCCCAUAAUAAAAAUAAUAAAAAAAAUAUUUAAAUAAAAUCGUUUAUUUUCCUUGGAGUAAAAUACUUGCCGGCAAUUAAUCACGACCUGCGUGGAGCUCAGACCUUAAUGCCUGUUCAUCGAAUACCAAAAGCAAAAGAGCUUUCAUUCAUCCUAAAGGACCUACACACACACAUUCGGAUGCAUGCACAUUGUUGCAUACAUAAUCACGCCCACAGAGAGAGAGAAAAGAAACACUGGGCAUACUGGCAGACAGCGAAUUUAGGAUUUGUUUGCUUUCUCAAGUGAAUGCCACUUCUCACGCGGGCUUUUUUAAUAACCGUUGUGUACCCCUUAUCUCAUCGUAAGAAAACCGAUUAUUGGUACCCGGAAGAUGCAACACCCACAGUGAGUGAGCUGGUCUGACGUGUAGCCAUACGCCAUGUUGUUUUGCCUUCCUGACUGCUUGGAAUAUCUGUCAGACAGCAAAAUUUUCCAGUGGUAGUAACCUCAGUUAUUACUCUGGCUGCGCCAUCAACAAUGGACGAAAAAGACCUUCUCAAGAAAAGCCUCGUUAGUGCUCUGAAAAAAGAGAACCAAAGAAUGAGAUCAACUCGCUGAUAGAAAAACUAAUCCAGCAGAAAGUUCAAAUCGAAAAGAUGAAAGACGUGCAGACUGGUACUCCCCUUCUCAACAUUGCCAUCGAUGCAGCUGAGGACAGCAAGAACAGUGAUGUUAUUUCUCUCUUGCUGCGGCAUGGGGCUAACCCGCUGCUUACUGACAAGCAUGGACAAACAGCACUACAUGCUGCAGCCUGCGUGGACAACGUUGACGCAUUGUGGUUGAUAGCCAUGAGGACAGACAUGAAACAGUUAUUGAAACUGAAGAACAGUGAAGGAGAUACUCUGCUGCACGUUGCUGCUCGGCGGAAGUGUGUAGACACCGCCCAGUGGUUAAUGUUUGCUGGUGCUGACCCCAUGACCCUGAAUAAGGAAAGCCAAACAUGCCGGCAGGUGGCGCCAGACAACUUAUUUAUGAUCAAGCACAUUCUGCGAAAGACCCGUGAGAAUGAAUCUGUGCCACUCUUUCUCACUUCCGAAAAAGCGAAAUCUUUUCGUUCACGGAACGGACAUUUCUCUAUCGCACUCAACCGUGGACACAAGAGUGCGGCGAGUUCAAAGGUCACAGCGGUGGCCAUGAUCCGGACCAAAGCGCCUCAGAACCUGAAUCCCCCAAUCACCUGUUACGAUGGAGAGACCUUCUGGGGUCACGGCAUUGAAUACAUGAGCAGGACCACGACACAAGCAAAGGUCAAGUUUUUUCUUCACGACCGAGUGGAUACAUUCCAUCGGCUGGUCAUCAAGAUAAAAUCAGAAGAAAAAGAAGAGAUGGAAUAUGAUGCCACCGUAGAGGACUUUUCGCCUCUGGGAGAACAACUACAGACUUCUGUAGAAAUGGUGUCGAUCAACAACAGUCCCUACGUUGCAGUAGCAUGGGCACAUGUUGAGCUCGACAAAAGUGGCUCAGUCAGCCUGGUGUAUGGGCCACCCGUAGACACCAUAGAGCUCGGCCCAGAAGGAGGCACCUUUGAAUUUUCCAGGAAUCCUGGCGUCAAACUCUCAGCUACUACAAGUCAGGGAACCAUUCCCGAACGGACAAAGAUUAAUAUGCAGGUGACAAAAGCUCCCCCUCUGAAUCAUCCACCACCUCCGGAGUCAUCUGCAGGAGAAUCAGGAGAAGCAGCAGAAGCCAGGGUGAGCACUCAGCCAGUGGUGGCUAUGACAGACUUCCUUCACUUGAGAGGACCGUCGUCUCUGGCGGACAGUACCCAGCUGUCCCUGCGCGCUACGCUGCCUCUGAGUGAGCAGUUUAGCAAAGAACAGUCACAGGCCUUUGUUUUUGUACGACAAAAUGGACAAACAAAAGAAAACGUGGAAGAAGAGAUGAAGGAGUGGACACCAUCGCCAGAGAUAGUAACACUAAAAAGAGAUGUCUCCAAUGUCGUUAUCUCCGCAACUAUGAACCAAAUGGCAACUGUUGUACAAGGCUCUAAAGACGCGGAUGUUCAGGACGUUAGACGAGAGGUAGCCAAGCAACACAUAAAGGCGGGGCAGGUUGCUGUUCAGUUUUAUGUGCGCGAAAAGAAAAACCAAAACCAGUCUGUCAAAAACGGUAAUUCAUCCAGCUCAAAGACGUGUCGUCUGGAAAUAACAGUAAAAGCCAAAGAGGAAGGUUCAUGCAACAGGCAGCCACAAGACAAGUCCGACAACUAUAAAGUUAGUGACAUCGUGUACGUGCCACCCAGCCUCCGUAUGAGGAUAUGGCUUCACCAGGAGAACUUUGAAUCAUCGCUGACAUCGGGUGAUAUUGUUUUCCAAUAUGGGGUGCAUACAGAACCAAUUGGAAACUACUGCUGGUUCGAAGUAAGCAGACAAGAAACAACACAGACGAGAAUAAUUCUUAAGAUAGAAAAAAGCAAACUGUUAGAGCAGUGUGGCCAGAUGAGCUGGAAACCACUUAUUGACUUGGAAGUCUGUAUACCUCCCUUCAAAACGGUCUCGAGCAGCCCAGAACCUGAAACACCUGUGAAUGAAACGUUCGAUGUUCCUGUCGAUGACCAGCUACUUAGCCACCUUGCCAGAAGAAUACCACCAACUGAAGUAUAUCGCCUGGGAAUUGAACUUCAACUUGACUCGUGCUUCGUGGAGAACAUCUUCCACAGCAGCCAUGCACACGACUAUUUUACAAAAUGUUUCAUGGUAAGAAAGUAACAUAUCAGUAUAACAUUGUUCUCGAAUAGCAUAAUUAGUUCAAUACUUUUUGUCAUGUUACUGGGAGUGGUAUCUACAGAAAUGUCUUGAAUACAUGAAAUACUUUAACAAGUACUAUCAUAUUUCUUUACAUUGAUACCAAAAGCAGGUUGUCUGUAAUUCGUUGUCUAAGUCUUCCUCCGCUGCACAUCAAUAAUCGUGUUUUGUAAAUAUUUCGCCCAAGAUAUAAAUGUAUCUCAUGUAUUGGCAUUGUUUCCCGCCAAAGAUCAUUAUUUUGACAAAGCAAAAAA